GCGAGAUUUAGAAGAGACAUUCAAGCGGUUGGAUGAAGAUCGCAGCGGACAGGUGAGCCUGGAGGAAUUUUCGCAGGCCUUUAAGAUCAAGGAGAUUCGCGCCAAGAUGACCCUCUUGGGACUCAAGGAGAGAGAAAUGGUGGACCUCUUUCGCUUGUUGGAUACAGAUGGAGAGGGAGAAUUGUCCUUGGAGGAGUUCACCCAGGGAAUGAGUCAGUUGAAAGGAGGCGCUACCAAUAAGGAUAUGGUCUUCUUGGAAAAAUCCGUGGAAAAGCUGGGGCACAAGCUUGAGAAAUGGGCAGGAGAUCCCCCAGGCUCACCAUCGCACCGCUUGUCGGCACCACGGACAAGUCGCUUCGAAGCGGCGACAGGCGUCAAGCUCCAGAGCAAGUUGAAGAAGAUCGGCCGCGACCUCCGGGGGCGACUGUCCAGAGCUGAAAAGGAGAUCGAAGAUGUGGCUGAGCGUAUGUACAUGCUGGCCAAAGAGUGCGUCACUUUGUCCCCUCAGUCGACUUCACAGGUUCCAGUCGAAGUGCCCCGCCCCAAGGAGCUUCCCCCAGGCAUCAAAAAGGCUCCCCUGCGACCAAAGCAGUCUUCAGGGGCCAAGAAUCGAGUGCGCAGCAAGGCAAGUCUCAUCUCUGAAGGUCCGACCGUCGGUCCACUGGAAAGCGUCCCGGCAGAGCAUCCCGCCCUCCUGGAUGCCGACAGUGGUGAUGGCUCUUCAGGAGACGAAGAGGGUCCUGCCAUGCAGGUGAACCACCUGAUUCCCAGCAUGAGUUUUCUGUCCGAAAGUUCGGCGAAAUCAGAGUGAGGCGAAUACCAGUGGGUGAUUUUUUUCAUCGAGAAGCCUAAGGCUUUUGAUGAAUUCACCGGGGAUGCCCCAUAGGAAAAGGCCAUCGUGGG